AUGGCAGGUGCCAACAUGACAACCAUAGCCCCAACCACCAAUGGCACCCAGGUCCCAGGUGUCAACAUGACAACGGCGGCUCCCAGUGGCUUCCUAGCAGGCAACACCACUUUCCCAACUGUGAUGAUGAAUGCUUCUGUAACUCUAAUGCCAUCCUCCAUGAACGCAUCAACCACUGUGCAACCAUCUGUGGGCUUGAAUGGGACAACAAUGCUUCCGACAGUCAUGAAUGCUUCGGUAACUCUAAUGCCAUCUGCAAUGAAUGCGUCAAGCACUGUCCAGCCAUCUGUGGGCUUGAAUGGGACAACAACACUUCCAACAGCCAUGAUGAAUGCUUCUACGACACUAAUGCCCUCUGCCAUGAAUGCGUCGAGCACAGUUCAGCCAUCUGCCAGCUUGAAUGGAACAACCAGUCUACCAACAGUGAUGAUGAAUGCUUCCACGACUCCAAUGCCAUCUGGCAUGAAUGCCUCAAGCACAGUUCAGCCUUCCAUUGGAUCUAGCAACGGCACAACCAGUCUACCAACAGUGAUGAUGAAUGCUUCCAUCACUCUAAUGCCCUCUGCCAUGAAUGCAUCAAGCACAGUUCAGCCUUCCAUUGGAUCUAGCAAUGGAACAACGACCCUUCCCACAGUCAUCAUGGCAAAUUCAACAACCCAAUUGCCCUCUGCUGCUGUUGGAAUGAACACAUCAACUUUGCAGCCUUCAAUUGGUGGUGGUACAGUUCAACCCUCCAUUGGAUCUAACAAUGGAUCAACGACGCUUCCCACAGUCAUCAUGGCAAAUUCAACAACCCAGUUACCCUCUGCUGUUGUUGGAAUGAAUGCAUCAACUUUGCAGCCUUCAAUUGGUGGGGGUACAGUUCAACCCUCCAUUGGAUCUAACAAUGGAUCAACCACACUUCCCACCGUCAUCAUGGCAAAUUCAACAACCCAAUUACCCUCUGCUGCUGUUGGAAUGAAUAUAUCCACUUUGCAGCCUUCAAUUGGUGGUGGCACAUUUCAGCCUUCCGUUGGAUCCAACAAUGUUUCUACUGCUGUACCAACCUCCUUAUUGGGCACUACAAAUACUUCAAUGCCUUCGAUCUCGCAAGGGGCUACAGGGCCAAUGAACGGAACUGGUGCAAACUCCAGCGUGGCAACUGUUGCUCCCACCCCCAUACUAGGCAGAGCAGGUGACGUGACAAGUUUCCCUACGUUCAAUGUUGGUGGCCGUAAUGGAGGAUUGGAUGAGGAGGACGAACCCUGCACCCAGAAUCUCAAGAAGGUAACCAUGGGCGUCACGCUCGAACUUAUAUUCUCCGAUGACAUCUUUUCAGCUUGUGACGAUGAACGGAAUGAGCUGGUGUUGGAUACGAUCCAGGAAACGUUCAACUCUGACUUCCACACUAUAGUUGAGGAUUGGGAUGGCGAGGCGAUCUUUGGGCUCUUUUAUUUCGACGACAGCCAAGCUGUGGAUAAUACGAAACCAGCCCCUGUAUCAGAAGCCAAUCGCCAAUCCGACGACGCUGGAAUCCCAACAAUCGUCGGCUCCAAGAGAACUGCCCUAAACGUCCCACGAUUUGUCCAUCGGCAGCUGAUGCAUGCUACUUUACUUGUGGCUUUGCUACAGCGACCAAUUGCGGGUCGGGUGACAUUAAGAACUGGCCAAAUCUUGGACUAG